AUGCCGGACGGGUCAUCCUCCACCCUGAAGAUCAACUCCACGGAGCUGGGGGACUCGGCUGUGUACCUCUGUGCCAGCAGCUUAGCCACAGUGUGGCACUGUCACCCCCUCCCUGAGCAGAAACCCUCGGGCUUCCCUGUAGCAUGCACAGCAAGUGCUGGCUACACAGGAAGACCCGGCUCCGCGAUGCAUAGCCAGGUCCUCUGCUGCAUGGCCCUUUGUCUCCUGGGAGCAGGUGCUGCAGGCUCUGGAAUCACUCAGACCCCAAAGUACAUGGUCCAAGAGGAAGGACAGCGUGUGACCCUGGAAUCCCCCGGGUUCAGUGCACACGUCUCUCAGCACCCUAGCAGAGCCAUCCGCAGGAGUGGCACCAUGGUGGAGAUGGACUGCCACGCCAAGGGCAUCCAGGCCUCAACGAUGCUGUGGUACCGCCAGCUCCCAGGACAGACCUUCACCCUGAUUGCAGUUUCUAACCAGGGCUCAGACCCCACCUACGAGCAAGGCUUCACCAAGACCAAGUUCACCAUCAACCACCCAAACCUCACGUUUUCAGCUCUGACGGUGACCAAUGUGAAGGCCGAGGACAGCAGUCUCUACUUCUGUGCAGCCAGUGACACAGCACUGAGCAGACACCGGGGACCCGAGCAAGAACGUCUGCCUACUCCCCACUGUCGAGCCUGCUCCAUGGACACCGAGGUCAUCCAGACCCCAGGACAGCUGGUCAAAGGAACAAAACAGAAAGCAAGGAUGGAAUGUGUGCCCAUAAAAGGACAUGAUGAUGUCUACUGGUACCGUCAGAAGCCGGGAGAAGAGCUCAAGUUCUUGAUUCGCUUUCAGUACCAAGAAGCUUUUGAUUCAUCAGGAAUGCCUGAGAAGAGGUUUUCAGCUAAUUGUUCCAAAAUCUCACCCUGCAGCAUGGAGAUCGAGCCCACAGAGCCAGAGGACUCAGCUGUGUACUUCUGUGCCAGCAGCCUGUCCACAGUGCUGUAG